ACUUCAUUUAUCCGUAAACCAUGGUGUAACCGAGUCCCCAUCCAUACGGCAAGCUGUAUAUCACUGCAUGCACCCCAAUCUAUCAAGUAAAGCACCGCCUCCACAGCCACGUUCCUCCAUUCAUCCCUCGGCUCAGCCACACCUCUUGCGGACAUCGAGCUCCUGAGCUUUCGAACAUCACGAACCAAGCCCCACCAGGCCCAAUGUAGCCAGCAUUCGGGAUAGCCAUGACGUAUUGGCCUUUUGCGUCGCCUUCAGUAUUCUCCGCGACGAAAAGUACAUUUGGCGAUCUUAUUCAAGUUACGCAUGACGGAGCGGAGCCGCAGAGCUCGGAGGCCCCAGAUGGAAAGACCGCGGAGGAGAGGACAGGGAAGGAGGACGCGAGGAAGCAUGAGGAAUCGGUAGUUGGGGAGCGUAAACCAGAGAAGAGGAGUGCAGGCCAGCAAUCGAAACCACAGCGGAGCCCCUCCUAUGCUGCGGAAAACGAUAUCUCAGGAGAGAUCAUUGCGAUUCGAUUGACGCGGAGCGGACACAUGUUCGCAACCGUCACGAGGACUACGUUGACGAUUUGGCAGACCAAGCCCACUGUCGUGCUCGCAUGUGUCCUCCGUUCCGACCGUUCACUGAAGACAUACGGACCGAAUGUUAAUGUAUUACUUCGACCGGAUUCCCAGAUCUUUGUUCUCCAGACCUCACUCGGAUUCCUCAUCACAUACUCGCUCGCAACCGAUCCCACAUCCCGAGUAUACAAGACACAAUUGGCGAACACGGGCCCCGGUCAUUCGCGGAGACACAGUUCAGUGGCAGGAUUCAAGAUACAAAGACCUCAUGAUGUCAAUGCUGGACCUGGCGAGGGCAGCGGCAUCAAAGAGCUAAGCCUCCGCUUCCGAAUGGUGAUAAGAGUGGAUGCAGGAAUUGCGAAGGCGCUCGCUCUAGAUGACGAGCUGAUUGUUGCGACUGACACGCCCGCUGCUGUUCAAUGUAUAAGAUGGGCUCCGGAUAGCAGUGGCAGUCAGACGAGCACUGAGCUGCUGAGCCGAAUGUCCUGGUUGGAGAACAAAUCUACGAUUCUGGACAUGAUUCAUGACCGGCCGAUGAACAUCUCCGUCUGGAUUACAGGAGAAGGGAAAGCGUUUGCCGUGCAGCGGUUGCCCCCAGGCAAAACAGUAGAGGAGGUGAGGUCACCCAAUCUCUUCAAGGGCUAUGGCUUCCAUAACCGCGAGUCCGAAGCAGAGCAUGGGAUAAAAGCUGCCAUCAAUGCCAGAUUCUCCUUGCUGGCUGUUGGAUGUGCAAACGGCGAGAUACAUGUGUAUACUGCGCGCGAUUACACGGGCAACAUACCAUUAUCUCACAAGCUGCGCCCUAGUAGUUCGAGCACCGGGAAACUGACAAUACUAACAUACUCGCCUGAUGGCUAUUGCCUGUUCGCUGGAUAUGAACACGGAUGGGCGAUGUGGAGCGUCUAUGGUAUGCCGGGCGCAACGAGCUUCACGACCGACCGAUCCCUAUCCGAGACCAAGAAAGAAGGCUGGCUGCUCGGUAUACGCGACGCCUUUUGGAUCGGCGGAGGCGCAGAACUUAUGUUGCUCGGCAACAACGACAAUCGAAUCUUCUGUCUGGAGAUGGCUCGCAGCGGCAUCACGGGGUGCUUCUCCUCGGCCAAUGUGUCGAGAUCGCUCAUGCAGACGAGUUCUGGGUUCAUGAUUUACCGCGGGUACGAACUUCCUGACCUUACGACGAUAUCGGCGGAUGUUUCGCUUUGGCAUCAUGUCCAGGUUCCAGCUCAUUAUCUUGUGGAUCAGUGGCCGAUCAGGAGCGCUGUGAUUUCGAGCGAUGGGAGAUAUGUUGCUAUUGCCGGAAGGCGGGGUCUUGCGCACUACAGUGUUAAUAGCGGCAGGUGGAAGACUUUUGAUGACCCGUCUAUAGAGAAUGAGUUCACAGUUCGUGGGGGCAUGUGCUGGUUCCAGCAUGUCCUCAUCGCUGCGGUGGAGUGUCAGGAUUCCCAUCAGAUUCGGAUAUACUCGAGAGAAGCGGCACUGGGCAACAACCAUGUCAUGCAUAUCCAAAAUCUUCCGGCGCCAAUUGUGCUGAUUGCACCGUCGGGAGAAGAUUCGCUCCUCGUCUACACCUACGAUAACAUCCUAUAUCAUUACAUCAUCGAUGUGACCAAUGCCAGAGUGAGACUGGUCCAGGUGGGCCAGAUUGCUCUGCAUGGCAUCAUUCGAGCACCGCCUCGGGUGCGGGCGCUGAGCUGGAUUCUGCCCGAGCAUCAGAUGCACCAUGGAGACCCCUCUCAAGACGUGGCUGUAGCAACCAUACUCUUCCUGGUGGAUGCUAAGCUUGUACUUCUGCAGCCCAGUACUACGGAUGGAGGAGACCCAAAGUACGAGAUGCGAAUCAUCGCCCAGAAUGUGGAGACCUACGCUCUGAUGCGCGACCAACCCGCUUUCGCACUUGAGCCGCACGACGACUCUCUGCCGCCUAGUCCGUCGGCAGGGCUGGCUAUCAAUGGCGUCCAUGGCCACGAUUUGAGGGAUUCGUUGUGGUACUUUGACGGCCAUGAUAUGCGAUGCUGGAUUGACAUGCAAGAUGUCCUUGCCUCAGCAUCUGUUGAGCUUGGGAGAGAACUGCCGAGCCCUGUCAGGAUACCUGUGGACUUUUAUCCGCUUGCUGCCAUCAUCAACAAGGGGAUUGUGUUUGGGGUGGAGUCUGAGCUGGUCCAGCGACGGGAUACCGGCUUUGCUUAUAUGCGAUUUGGGACCAGGACUCAUCUCUUCCUUCCUGCACUCUUGCGGCAUCAUCUCGGGCAGUUCAACUCGCCCGCCGCACGGCAUCUCAGCCAGCAUUAUCAGCAUCUCCAGUACUUCCCACACGCUCUCGAGAUUCUGCUACACGAAGUGUUAGACGAAGAAGUGGACCACCCCCCUCCGCCAGAGCAAGCGCUCCUACCGAGCGUGCUCUCCUUCCUCAGUUCCUUCCCCCAGUACCUCGACAUCGUGGUGCAAUGCACACGCAAAACCGAGCUACGCUCCUGGCGAACCCUCUUCUCCAACCUACCGCCACCGGAAGAGCUGUUCGAGGAGUCGCUGCAGAAGGGCAACCUGAAGACGGCCGGAGGCUACCUCCUCGUGCUGCACACCUUUGAAGAACUGCGCCCCACGGGCGACCAAGUGGUGCGCCUAUUCCAGCGCGCCAAGGAAGAGCAGGACUGGGACCUCUGCAAGGAAUUGGCGCGCUUCCUCAUGGCGCUGGACGAGAGCGGCGCCACGCUACGGCAUACAUUGCAGCUCGUGGAACUGAGGAGCCCGGACGAGGCGGAGGCGGAGGCGGAGGGGGGACUGCGACCGCAUUUCUCGUUCGAUUCUUCGCGGUUGGGGGUGCCGAGAAGGAGCCAUGGGAGAAGAGGCUUGAAUGGUGGUGGUGCGGGCGGGGAUUUGGGGAGUGAGGGGGUGAUGUCGAGGGGUGCGAGUAGGAGUGGGGGUAGGAGUAGGAGCGCGAGUCCGACGAGUGCAGCGUCGCUCGUUGAAGGAGAUUACUUUGGUUCGGAGAAUGGGGGGGCUAGUGCGGAGUAGGUGAUACCAGCAUAGACAAGUAGAUAUUGUUGUUGUACGAUGGCGUGAAGACGCCGAAUCGAAUGAAUCUCGGGACCGCGAAGGCCGUGCUGACAGGUGUGAUGGCACCUCCCGAGUGUCUUGUCAAGAGUAUGAUAUCGAGAAUACAAUUCCACAACGAU